CCCAGUCUCCGUCUCGGAGAGCAUAAUAAGCAUGGACGCCAUCCACGGGUUUAUCACGGACAAAAGCUAAAAUUGGCACUGCAAUCUAGUGUGGCAAACUCCGGCAACCCCUCUUCUUCUCGGAGCUACCGCCGCCAUCGUACUCAUCCCUGAGCCACCUAGCGGGGAUUUCGACAGCCAGAACAAGAAGGCCCGGUAUAUGAAUACCAUGACCUGCUCCGCCACCACUGCUGUGUCGAUCGAUAAAUCAAGGAAAACGAUUGAUGGCAUGCUGCAUCCUUCCAUCAAUGGAUGGAACAUAAGCAAUCCUCUAUUCCGAAAUGCAGAGAAGACACGCAACGGUGGCAACAACAGCGAGGGCCGCACCGCCAUCUCGCUCUCGCACCAGCCUCCACCAACUGCCGCCUCCUACACCAUCGCCGGCGGCGGCAACAAGAACCGGCCCACUCAACGAAACAGCAACAACUCAAGAAGUUUCCGCGUCAAGAUCAGGAGUUCAACAACCGCCGCACCUACUCCUUCAACUCCUUGAGUUCUUGGACCAUCAUCGCGCAGCCCCUGCAGACUCGGAGACGAAUCGGUAGAGCCCAUCGGCGCACGACGGAGCUGUGGCAGCGGUUGCUUUGUCGCUGCCGUCGGCGCCUUGUUCGGGAUGGGGCCGCGGCCGCGCCCUGCUCCUCCUCUGCCGCAGCAGCGCCUUGCUCAUCCGCCGCUGCUGCCGCGGUGCUGCUCCUCCGCCGCGCGCUCUGCCGUUGCUCCGCCACGGCCGCUCCCAACUCCUCCUCCUCCGCUGCCGCACGCUUGCUCCAAUCGGGAGGAGAAGUGGACAACCAGAGGGAGAGGGAUCCAUCGGACUGCAUCGGAGAAGACCAAGAGAUAAGAGAGAGAGAACGGGGGAGAGGGGAUCGGCCGAUGGGAGAAAGCCAAAGGGGGAUCGGGAGUUUUGUUGAUCCAACGGACCAGAGAGGACGUCGUACGGUUACUGCAAAAGACCUCAACAGGAAAACACAUGGCAGCAAUCUUUAGGAGGGAUUUUUAUGAGGACAUGAGAUCGUCUCCCAUCAUGCGACAUGCAGUAGGAAAGCAAGGCCCUAUUACGCUUGAUCUGAAGUCAUCAGCUUUUGACCCAAAGGAAAAAGUAUGGACACGGUUCCCUCCAGAGGGCUCAAAAUACACCCCUCCACACAGUUCUUGUGAUUUCAAAUGGAAAGAUUACUGCCCGCAAGUGUUCCGGACAUUACGCAAGUUGUUCAAGGUUGAUGCAGCAGACUAUAUGUUAUCUCUUUGUGGAGAUCAGGCUCUCCGGGAGCUCUCAUCCCCUGGUAAGAGUGGAAGCUUCUUUUAUCUCACAAGCAAUGAUCAGUACAUGAUAAAGACGAUGAAGAAAGCUGAAGUAAAGAUAUUUCUGAAGAUGCUUCGAGCUUACUACAAUCAUGUCCGGGCGUUCGAGAACACUCUAGUCACCAAAUUUUUUGGUCUGCAUUGUGUCAAGUUAGCCGGAGCUAACCAAAAGAAGGUUCGUUUUGUCAUAAUGGGAAACCUGUUCUGUUCUGACCACUUUAUUCAUAGGCGAUUUGAUCUGAAAGGCUCAUCCCUUGGGCGUACGACUGAUAAGCCACAGACAGAAAUCGAUGAAUACACCAUUUUGAAAGACCUAGAUCUUAACUUCAUAUUUCGAUUGCAGAAACAUUGGUACCAAGAGUUCCAAAGACAAGUCGACAAGGACUGCGAUUUUCUCGAGCAGGAAAACAUUAUGGAUUACAGUCUCUUGGUGGGUGUACAUUUUAGAGACAAAAGAGUUAUAAUGACUGAAGGUUCCUUUGAUAGUGAUAGCAGCAGAGGAUCAUCACCCCACUUAUCGCCUCAUCUUUCUAGAGGAGAUACUGAUCCAAACAGAUUGUGCAAGAUAAAGCUUGGGUCGAACAUGCCAACAAGAGCCGAACUUACGAUACGGAAGAGUGAGUUGGAAGCGCAGCUUAUUGGAGAGCCUACUGGGGAGUUCUACGAUGUUAUAUUGUAUUUUGGGAUUAUAGACAUACUUCAAGAUUAUGAUAUCAGCAAAAAGCUUGAGCACGCCUACAAGUCUUUCCAGUAUGACCCAACAUCUAUUUCAGCAGUAGAUCCAAAACAGUAUUCCAGGCGCUUUAAAGAUUUUGUAUACAAAGCGUUCCAAGAAGACAAGGCAGACACCUGAAAGCACAUUGAGACUCGAGAGCUACGGGACCUCUGACAUUGGAUUUUCUGUGUUGAACUGUCGAAACAUCAUGCUGCUCUCAUUGCAGCAGGGUUUGAUGCCUCUACUUGUACUGUUGUACAUCACCAGUCACCAAACUCCACCAGAUGCGGAACACCUUCAGAAUCAGGAUGAUCAUACCCCUGCAUGCAGAUUCCACGGAAUUCAGCUGGCUCUCAUGUAGAAAUAAGGCUCCAUUUGAGACAGCGGUGCAUUUCAAUAAUCAGGUCGAACGGUCCUUCCUCUUUUGUUUAUAAAAUGGACACAUCUGCCUUUCUACAGCGACUUUUUCAGCCAGUGUAGCAUAGCACGACAAUGCCGAGCUAUGCCUAAAUAGCUAUAUACAUGCAUAUAGAAUUCACUAAUGGUAGUGUAGAUGCUGACUUGAAGAUCCUUUUCUCCUGUGCACGCUAUCGGCACACCUGAAGAUUGAACUUGCAGAGAUAUUUUGUAAUCACAAGUUCAGAGAUGUAAAUGUUUUACCUGAGUUAACAUGCCACCCUUCUAUGUUGCUCCCUGAA